AUGGGUGAAAAGGAGGGAUUUAAUACCCUAGACUUUGAAAAGAAGUUGGCUCAGUUGAAGGAUACACAGGAAGCUAUUCAGGGACUUUCAUCUUGGUGUUUAAAACAACGGGCGCAUCAUAAGAAAAUUGUAUCAAGUUGGUUAAAUGUGCUGAAGCGUGUGAAGGUGGAGCAGAGAUUAGUACUAUUUUAUUUAGCUAACGACGUUAUUCAAUAUAGUAAAAGAAAGAAUUAUGAAUUUGUUGAAAGUUGGGGCCUUAAUUUGCAAAAAGCUACACCACUUGUCAGAGAUGAAAAAGUUCGUCCAAAAAUCCUGCGCAUUUUCAAAAUAUGGGAGCAAAGAUCAGUAUAUGAUGAUGAGUUUCUCUCAGACCUCACUGGAUUGCUAGUCGCUGGUGCAGUUAAAAAGACCGAUGAUGAUUUCGAUUUUCAGCCACAACAAUUAGUCAACAAAAUAAAACAAUGUUCGGUCCUUGAAGCAGACACAGAUUUGAGACUGAAACAUAUACAUGAGAGUACUUUGGAUUUCUCAGAUACAGAUGCACUUUGUGAAAGCCUUAAAGAGAGAUGUUUAAAAGAUGACGUAGAAAAGGAACUAAAUGAGGGCAUCGGUUGCAUAGAGAGGUAUACGCAAGCAUUACAAAGGGAGAUAGUCGCUAGAGAGGCCUUAUUAGCAUUACUCACGUCUGCAAAUCAAUAUUAUUCUACGCAAAGAGGCGAAGUCAAAGUUGUUGCUUAUGCAUACAAAAGCUUUGGAUCACGAGUUCGUGUGUUAAAAAGAAAGUUGGACGAUUUGACUCCUACCCUGCCUUCUUCAGUUCCAUCUCCACCCCUCAGGGAUGAGGAUGUUCCUUCUCCAGGCCCCGAUGAAGACCUGCCUCUACCUAACACGGGAGAUAAUGAUGUGGCUUACAACAUAGACCAGACAUUCAAUUCGACCAUGUCAGCCGAUGGCUCUCUUUACAACUUGGGACUUUCAUCAUUUCUCACUUCGGAUAAUCCUCUCUCAAUGUUUGGGGAUGAGAUUGAUCUCACUAAUGCCAAUAAAAUAGAAGUAAUAAAUACAAGGCCAAGUGAUAAACAAGAUUUCAGUAUAAAUGACUUCUUGAAAACCCUCACUCCAGCUGAAAAUUCCGCAUCGCCAAAUGAUUCAGUGUCCAAAAGCCAAGAGUCGUUGCCCGGUUUGGACCUUCUGACACCGGAUAGCACCGGAAUACCGCCUCCGCCCACUUCCUUCUACAGCGCUAUGGACCCAAUCACCAUAUCCGAGGACGCGGAACACCAAUAUCUCCCCGAGGCAAUAGUGAGUAGACAGUGGACUAAUGCAUGGGCUGCGCCUGCGCCGAUUACGCCUCGUGUGCCAGUGACGAAUGAACGGGCCGUGUUCGAGGAGCCUCCCGCGUCUCCGCCCCCUUCGUUAGCGCCCCCUUUGCCCGUGCCUACGAUUGUGGAAACACACCCAAAAGAAAGUUCAACGCGUGACGUGGAUCACAGAGGCAUACUACCGCCGCCCCCGCCGCCGCCAUCCUUGCCUAUGCUUGGGAGUAUAGAAGACGUGGACCACAGAUUGUUGCCGAGUUUACCUUUGCCUCCGAUCACUCCACCCGCAAUAAGGCAUCCCCUACCACAAGAUGUGGACCACAGAAAUUUAAUAUCUCUGACGCAUCAACCGCCCAGACCACAUAAUGCGGUAACCGAUCAGGAUUACCGGGUUCCAGCGAUGGUUCCCCCUCCGGACAUCGUCGAAAGUGUUGAUAUGGACCUCUCCGAAGAUGAAGAGCAACAAGGCGGAUAUCAGAAUCAAAACCAAAUCGAGCACAGAAGAAAUAGCUUCAACAACAACAAAGUUCUCGUCGGCGGUGACGAGAAACGCGCAGACAAACACACGAACCAUCAAAACAGCCAUUCCGCGCCCAUCUUACCUCCCCUCUCCAACCCCUUCGAAAACAUGCCCUCAAAUAUCAAAUUCACAAUUCCCCCAGAAUUCCCUGAUCCAAACAUGCAAAAAUUCCAGAAUUACCCGGACAAAGGAAAUCCGUUCGAAUUCGAUAAUCCAAAAUUCCAACCCAAAAAUUUCCCCGAUUCCCCACUUCCCAAUAUGCAAAACUCCCCGAAUUUCGAGAGACCCCAACCGCCCUACGAAGCCAAUUUCGCGGAAGACGAAGUCGAGAUCUACGAAGAUCACGAUCAGGAUUUCGGUAAAAGUGAUUGGAACCGGCAAAGGUACCCCCGAAACUGGGCCCCGCGGACUAACUUUAGGCCGCCGGGGCAAUUCGGGCCCCAGUUUUGGCCCCGAAACGGACCCAGACCCAACGGGCCCAGAUGGAUGGGACCCAGACGUUUUUGGUGA